AUGACCUGCGCCUUCCUCCCGUACUGCGCGUACUGCCUCGUCCUCUACUACGGCGCGCCCCGCUGCUCCAUCGACGCCUCCGGCCUCGUCUCGUUUGUCUUUUACAUGCAGUCGCUCUUCGCCGCCUUCACCUCGAUCGGCAACAUCUACACCGCCCUCGCCCAGGCCGUGGGCGCGGCCGACAAGGUGCUCAAGUGGAUCGAGCGGGAGCCGCAGCUGCCGCCGCAGCCGGAGCCUCUCGCCCCGCAAACUUGCCGCGGCGACCUCAAGCUGUGCGACAUCCGCUUCCGGCGCGCCGCCGCGUGGGCCCG